UAUGUUCACAAGUUAUAAAUAAGCUACUUAUUUACAUUUUUGUUUUUAAAUUGGUGUUCACUUAAAAUCUGACGUUUUUAAACAUUAUAUUUUCUCUAUUCUUUUGGGAAUUGUUGGAGCGCGUCACAGGAAGGUGCUGCGUGGCAACAUCCAGGGCAUCACCAAGCCGGCCAUUCGUAGGCUGGCCAGGCGCGGUGGAGUGAAGCGCAUCUCGGGCCUCAUCUACGAGGAGACACGAGGCGUGCUCAAAGUGUUCUGGAAAACGUGAUCCGUGAUGCUGUCACCUACACAGAGCACGCCAAGAGAAAGACCGUCACCGCAAUGGACGUCGUGUAUGCCUUGAAGAGGCAGGGCCGCACUCUGUACGGCUUCGGAGGACUUUAAAUGUCCUAUCAAGAAGAUGACUUCCGGCUGGGUGGGAACUACGACAGCGGGGGGACGGCUUCGGGCUACGUGCAGCGACCGAGCUUCCUCUCCCUCCCCCCUCGGGAGGACCUGGACGCACCGACACUGCGGUGGCUGAACGACCUCCGGCGCUUGUGGAUGACGUGGAAGAAAAGUGAUGUGGUUCGGCGUAUGCUGUACGACUAUUUCUCAUCAGUGGCGGACCCACCGAGUGCUGUUCUUUCUUUAAUGCUGCAGUGUGAUGAUCUUCAAGCAGGAAAGCUACAGUCACUGCCGUUUACAAUUAUGGAAUACUACACGGACUGGGCAGUCGACAGGCAAGACGCGCUGAAGCCCUGUCUGACAGUCGGCGUCAAGCUGAGAGCUUUCUUCAUUGCGGUGAGACAAAAGAACUACAGCCUCUUGCAACUCAUGCUGCAGACGUUCAGAUUGGACGAGGAUAGGGAGGCUAUCGUAGAGCCCAUCCGUGAGCUGAUCAAGCACAAAGUUUACAAGGAAGCGAGCCAGUGCAUCGCGCUGCUGAGGCUACACGACCACUUCACGGUGGAGGAGAUCGUGCUGCCCCUGAUCUUCCAAGACAAGCUGAGUCUAGCCGAGGACCUGAUGCACGGCAGCGCGGAGUACCAGCGGCAGGCGGUCGCUCAGUUGGACGGCCUGCUCGGCCACAAGAACAUCAGGAACGAGGUGGACAAGAUCGUCCUGAAACUAAACAUCCCAAACGUCAGGAAAGAGAAGUUGUACCACAAACCUUUGAGCAAGCUGGUUGCUCGUUUUGUAAAGGUGUUCAAAAUGCCAGCCCACAUGUGUCCGAACCUGCAUCAGAAGAAGACAGAAGGAGCCAUCGGCUUCCUUCUGUACAAGAGAUACUACGACAAGAGUCUGAACCUGGACAGCUGGCGGGAGAUGGUGAUGGAGGCCGUGGGCAGGGACCCCCACCUGCGGGCGGACCUGGUGGAGCGAGUGUGCAGCUUCGGGGACUUCAAGGAGGCCCUGCACUGGGCCAAUGAGUUUGGCAUUCCCGAGAGCAGUUGGCCGGGCUCACUGUCUGCCUCUGUGAGUGAAUGCCCUUCUCUUUUACAAGAGAACCUUGUUCACACCAGGGGCAGAGCCCCAGGGCCGGAAGAGAGCUGGGACGAUGAGCUGGACGCCCAGCGCCUCGAGUACCACACCUUCCCGCUGAGCAGCGACUGCAUCGUGCUGGUGGACAGCUGGCCAGGCUUCCAGCAGUUCCUCGACCACGUUCGGGGCGCGGCGGUGGUGGGCAUGGACUGCGAGUGGAAGCCCAGCCUCGGCAUGCAGGAGUCAGACCUGGCGCUCAUGCAGGUGGCGCUUCACGACCGGGUCUACAUCCUGGACGCCACGGUCCUGGGACAGGCCCCCCACCGCCUCUGGGACGCCUUCGGAGCCAUCUGCUGGAGCUGCGGCGGCCUGCUCAAGCUGGGAUUCGGUCUAUCAACGGAUCUGGCUGUCAUAGAGUCUUCGAUCCCACAACUGCAGAGUACAAACAUAAACCGUUCCAGCUUUCUCGACUUGUGCUCCGUGUGGAGCAGGCUGGUCAAAGAAUUUGAUUUUGUUUUCCCAUACCAAGGAAGCGACACGAACGCAGGGAGGGAGAGCCUCGCUCGGUUGGUGGAGCUGUGUCUCGGCCAGCGAAUCAACAAGAUGGACCAGUUCUCGAACUGGGAGAAGCGCCCACUUCGCCAGAGUCAGAUCCUGUACGCAGCUUUAGAUGCGUACUGCUUGCUAGAAGUUUAUGAUGUUAUGGUCCAGUGUGCUCACGAACAGAAUAUUCCAAUCGAAAAGAUCUGCAAGGAGAUUUCAGCCAAUCUUGUUAGAAAGUCAGUUUCAAAGAAGAACAAGAAGAUACGGAAGCAGAAUCUGCAAGAUGUGGUGGGCCCAGCGCCGUUCACGGAGAGUAUCUCGCCUCGGUCGCUGCGCGUGGUGUGCGACUCGAUGCUGCAAGGCCUGGGUAGGGUCCUGCGUCGCUGCGGAGUCGACACAGUCAUCCUCGGCUCCGCGGACUGCCACGACACUUGCGCCAAGGUCGCCAUGAGCGAGGGCAGGAUGAUCAUCACAGCGGGCGCUGCCUACCACAAGCUGAAGCAGUACGUGCCUGCCGGCCACUGCUACCAGAUCAGGAACAUCGAGAGCGUGGUGGACGACCAGCUGGUGGAGGUGCUGCAGUACUUCAACGUCCACGUCUCGGAGGGCGACAUAUUCAGCAGGUGCCAGGUGUGCAACGGGGACGAGUUCGUGGAGGCGACGCAGGCGGAGAUGCAGGCGCUGCGGUGGCGCCACUCGGGCCUGCGCUACCUGCCGGCGGAGGAGGAGGACUGCUCCAGCGACAGCGACGGGGACCCGGAGCCGGAGCGGCGGCCCGGCCCGGCCCUGAAGCUGGCCGGCGGGCGGCUGGACCCGGACACAGGCGUGACCGCCCGGGGGGCCACCGUGCUGGUGCAGGAGCUGGCCCCGGAGGUGCUCGCCAGGGUCCGGCACUUCAGCGUGUGCAGCGCCUGCGGCAAGGUGUACUGGGUGGGCUGCCACUACGACCGCUGCCUGGCGCACUUCGCGGGCAGCGUCUUCCCGGCGACCCACUCCUAGCGGCAGUGACACCGUUUUAACUAUACUAGCUUCAGCCAUUUAUCAGCAGUAUUCCACUCAUCCGGACAGUAGUCUGGGUCACUAAAGUACAGAUUAAACAGAAUUUACCCUAACCUGUGAGUAAUGCAAGUUUUUUUUUUUUUUAAUUUUUUUCUCCAGUAAGGCAACUUUUCCUGCACUUAAUUUUGGUUUUAAUACUACAGUAGAACCCGUUUAUAGUGAACCCGCCUAUAAUGAAUUCCCGUUUAUUGUGAAUUUUCGUCUCAGUCCCGGCAAAAUGAUGUGAGGUUAUGUAUUAAUUUAUUGGAUAUAGCGCACAACUUUUGUCAAUGUUGAUACGUUUUCCCGCGUACCACGAACAAACUUUGCAGACAUAAUGCACAUUUAUCUCUAAAUUUUCAUAUAAUUACAAGUUUUUUCACAAAACGUCUAUUCUGGAUCACAUUGAAGUUUUUCUCCGCAAUACGCUACUCGAUUGCCUACUGUUCAUAUUAUAAACAAGUCGUAUUCGAGUGGCCUCGGUAUGCUACGUGUAGCCAGAAAUGGUGAUCAGUUUGGUGAAAAUAAAAAAUAGUAUUCCCUGCAUAGUUCAAGAAUGGGCGAACGCGUGUACAUUUAAUAUGUUAUCAAAAUUAAAAAUAAAUUACCGCCACACAUAUGUAUGUACAUUAUAGCAGCAAAUUCAAUAUUUUUACGUAUCAUUUUUAUCGUUCACGUUUCGGACAUUUUGAUCGAGUAAAGUUCAUAAGACUACCACUAGAUAGAACUCUGUGGACUAAAUUUUUCCAUAGAAAGUGAGAAAAUUUCGUUCCAGCUUUAGCAACUGCGAUACUAAAUGAUACAUAGUGAUCUUUGAUGCGCCAGACUCGUUAUUUUUCGUUUAUUUACUUUUGACGGUAAAAAGAAUUUUGUUUUAUUAAGCUGCAAAUGUGCUUCAAUAAGAAAUACGUACAUAAAAAGGGUGAGAAACGCGGUAAAAAAACGUAAGGCAUUAUCUGUGAGAGAUAAACUGGACAUUAUUGAAAAGGUAGACAGACUUAAACCCCACUGUCCCGCACGUGUUAAUAGCAAAGGAACUGGGAAUUACAUCCACAUUAAGUACAAUAUUGAACAAGCUGAACAAUCUUCUUUCUCAAGCUGCGAAUACGUCACAGAGUACCUAUUAAACGCCUGAAAAAAGGAAAAUACGCAGAUGUUGAAAAACCAUUAAUAGAAAGUUUGUACAUGUAUAGUGCAUUAAAAAUAUCUGCAUUUGCUCAUAAAACUGUUGCUUUGAGUAUUUUCAUUCAUUCUUUUCUUGUCUUAGGCCUAUGUGUAGUUAAGAUUUUGAUAUUGAGUAUGUAUAGCCAAUAGAAAAGUUUUCCCAGAUAUAAAGUUUCCCCUCUAUAGUGAACAUAUAAACUACUCCCUUCAGAUUCAUUAUAACAGGGUUCUACUGUAUUUUAUAAGAAGACUUAAAGUUUUUAACCUGCAAAAAUUAGUAAAUACUACUGUUUUUAAAAAAUAUCCUGUCUGGAUUAACGGGGCAUAUGGACGAGUGGGACCUUGUUCACUGUUAUUUUCCAUAUUUGUUAAUAAACUGAUCACAUACCUGUCCAUUA